GCAGAGCAAAAAGCUGGGGCACCUUAUUGGGCGGGGAAUAUCACGUGACUGCUAUCAUUGAACUGACGCUGUGUUUUGGCGGACGAUCGAGAGAGCAGCCGGUUAUUUCAUCAGGGACUGAUCAACGACAAUGGCAGGAGGAAAAGCAGGAAAAGAUUCCGGUAAAGCGAAAGCUAAGGCCGUCUCCCGAUCUGCAAGAGCUGGACUUCAGUUUCCAGUCGGUCGUAUUCACAGACACUUGAAAAACAGAACGACAAGUCACGGUCGUGUUGGAGCCACAGCUGCUGUAUAUAGUGCCGCAAUUUUGGAAUACUUGACCGCUGAAGUACUUGAGUUGGCUGGCAAUGCCAGUAAGGAUUUGAAAGUAAAACGUAUCACACCUCGCCAUCUGCAGCUAGCCAUCAGAGGAGACGAAGAAUUGGAUUCAUUAAUCAAAGCAACUAUUGCUGGUGGUGGUGUCAUCCCUCAUAUCCACAAGUCUCUGAUCGGAAAGAAGGGCUCCCAGAAGGCAGCAUAAGAUGGAGGAUGCGUUCUAUCCUGUACAUUGCCAUGUGUAGCUGCUGUUGCGGUGGAACACUGUCACUGUGGCAGUCUGUAGCAUAACCAUCACCUCAUCUCACCCUUCACUCCACUGUAGCAAUCAUCGUCAUCUCAUCAUAGUAGAAUUCAAAUUUUUAUUUACUCGUGUUUGAAAUGUCUUUGUAUUCCAUGUUUUGUCCGUCAUUAAAAUUUAACAUGUCAAAAACAA